UUUCGUUGGUACCAACGUUAUCCCCUCUACUUCUCGGGAAAUUGUUGCCUUACCCUUUGAAAAGAUGUCGAUUUUUAAUGCCGGAGUCUUCGCUACGAGCCGCCACUAUACAUACCGAAAGGAUUUGAGAAACAAAAAGUAAAGAAUUGGAGAUUGCAAAGAUACGCAAUAUCGGCAUUUUGGCACAUAUUGAUGCUGGAAAAACCACUACAACAGAAAGAAUGUUAUUCUAUUCGGGUUUGAUCAGGAGCAUGGGAGAAGUACACCAUGGAAACACAGUUACUGAUUACAUGGAACAAGAACGUCAACGUGGAAUAACCAUCACUUCAGCUGCUGUUACAUUUAACUGGAAAAAUCAUCGGUUCAAUUUAAUAGAUACUCCAGGUCAUAUAGAUUUCACUAUGCAGGUAGAGCAAACUCUACAUAUACUGGAUGGUGCAAUUGUAGUUUUGGAUGGUUCUGCUGGUGUGGAGGCACAGACAUUGACAGUCUCAAGGCAGGCGGAUAGGUAUAAUAUUCCCCGAAUAGUCUAUGUUAACAAAAUGGACAGGGCAGAUGCUGAUUUUGAUAUGUGUUUACAAUCCAUUGAAUCCAAGUUGAAUGUAGAAACACUAGCUACGCAGAUUCCUGUAAAGACAGCAGGAGUUUUAGAGGAUAUUGUGGAUGUGAUAACCAUGGAAAAGUUAAUGUUCGAUGAAAAAUGUCAGGGUAUGAAUAUGACAAGAAGAAAAAUCACUGAAAACGACGACGGGAAACUUUGGGAAAUAGCCAGUGAGAAGCGACGAGCAUUAACCGAUAAGUUGUCGGGCUUAGACGACAAGCUAGCCGACAUCAUCAUAGAACAAGAAUCUCUGGAGGACGUGACGGCACAGGCGUUAGCCGAAUCCUUGCGCAAUGUCACAAUAAGCAGGAGAGGCGUUCCCGUAAUGUUGGGCAGCUCUUACAAGAACGUGGGAGUGCAACCUUUGAUGGACAAUGUCAUUCUUUAUCUACCAUCCCCAGGAAACUUGAAAAAAUUAAGCUCGUAUCGACACUUCGGAGACAGUUUGGCAGCGCGAGUCUUCAAGAUUGUUCACGACAAGCACAAGGGCCCGGUUACCUUCUUCAGAAUCUAUUCCGGCAGUAUGAAGAAGGGUCAAAAGUUGUACAACGUGACGCGCCAGCAGAGUGAGCAAUGUACUUAUUUAUAUAUCGCUUGCGCCAAUGAUUACGAGGAGGUGACCGAGGUGAGUUAUGGUAAUAUCGCGGCAGUGGCUGGAUUGAAAAACACCGUCACCGGCGAUUUGGUAACGAUAAGUGCGAACAUAGCCAAUCGUGCCAAACAGGCCAUGCUGAAGGAGAACUCGGACCACACGGAGGACGUGAAUAAUUUUUUCGCGUCUGGUAUGAAACUGUUGGAUCCUGUAUUCUUCUGUUCCAUAGAGCCACCCUCUCUAUCGGCACAGACGCCUCUCGAGAUUGCUCUUCAAGAACUGCAAAGAGAAGACCCCAGUCUACGCGUGAAUAACGAUCCUGAGACCGAGCAGAUCGUUCUCGCGGGUAUGGGCGAGCUACACAUCGAAAUCAUUAAGGAAAGGAUCAAGAGGGAAUAUAAGAUCGAUGCGGAUUUGGGUCCUCUGCAGAUAGCUUACAAAGAGACGAUUCAGGACGCCGUUAAGGACACGUUGAUUACCGAGCACAAAGUGGGUAAUACGAAUCAUCAGGUUACCAUCACGAUGUCCUUGAUACCCAAUUAUCAGGGCAUGGGGAAGCUGCUUCUGGACAGAUCUUGCCCGGACAACUCAUCGAACAUCGACAAUAUUCAUCCGCGAAUGAUGAACGCGGUCAAGAAUGGCGUAAAUGCUGCGCUGUUGCGCGGUACCAAGUUGAGUUGUCCGGUUAUCAAUGUCGGCGUUAAGCUGCAUUGGCUGGAAGUGGGACGCGGUACAUCUGAUACCAUGGUCUCUGCCGCAGCCUCGCAAUGCAUUCGAAAGAUGCUCAAAAACGGUCAUAGUAUGUUAUUGGAACCCAUCAUGCGAUUAGACAUUGUUGCACCGCAGGAAUAUUCCUCGAGCAUCACCGCGGAUCUCUCUCGCAGGCGAGCUGAAAUGCAACAGAUCGAUCAACGUGGCAACAAUAAGGUGAUUAGUGCCUUCGUGCCGUUAUCAGAAUUGCUAGGAUACUCGACGACAUUAAGAAUCGUCUCGUCGGGCAACGCGACGUUUUCACUGGAAUUUAGUCAUCAUCAACUAAUGACUAUCGGCGAUGAAGAGGAAGUAAUUAGAAAAUCCAAAGGAUUCUAAUAUAUAUAACAAUAUUAUCGGUAAUAGACGAGUAAAGUUAUACAGAGAGUAUAAUUUGAUCUCGUUUUAUUGACUCAAUCUAAUCAAAAUAUAUUGCAACAUUAUUGAUGGUGCGUUACAAUCUCCAUAUACGUUCCUCAACAACGACCACCAAGUAUGACGCCAGAAAGUUCUUGGUAGAUUAGCCGCAGAACAUGAAAGAGUCGCUAGCGCAUACUAUCAAAAAAAAAAAAAAAAAAGUUUAUCGCUUCCG